AUGGUUGAUCUAAAAAAGAUUAAGGUUUUUAGAGAUUGGGCGAGGCCCACUACUGUGACUGAGAUACGUAGCUUUGUGGGGUUAGCCAGCUAUUGCCGUCGAUUUGUGAAGGGCUUCGCUUCUAUUGCUUCUUCUUUAACUAGAUUGACUCAGAAAGAGGAGGGUAGAGUCAUUGCCUAUGCUUGGUGUCAGUUGAAGAUCCACAAGAAGAACUACCCUACCCUUGAUCUAGAGUUAUUAGCGUCCAUAUAUUACAAGUUCUUGGUGAACUUGUUCAUAAUCCUUAUAUGGAUUAAAUCAGAUAAGAUUAUUGUGCAAGUUGAUGACUUGAAUAUUAUUGGAGCUCUUGAAGAGUUUCCAGAAGCAGUAGAUUAUCUGCUAAAAGAAGUUGAAAUGAGAAAAUUAUAUUGGUCCUGA